GCGCAGCCUUUGCGUCACUUCCGCGCGCCGGCAUAAACGUCAGUGCCGGAUGCCGACCGUGGUGGUGAGGUUUGUUCUCAAAGUUCGUUCUUGGUUGGUAUUUGCGAGCCAUGGAGAGUGACUUUUACCUGCGCUACUACGUGGGUCACAAGGGCAAGUUCGGCCACGAGUUCCUGGAGUUUGAGUUCCGACCUGACGGGAAAUUGAGAUACGCCAACAACAGUAAUUACAAAAAUGAUGUCAUGAUCAGAAAAGAGGCUUAUGUACAUAAAAGUGUGAUGGAGGAACUGAAGAGAAUAAUUGAUGACAGUGAAAUUACCAAAGAAGAUGAUGCUUUGUGGCCUCCUCCUGACCGAGUGGGCCGGCAGGAGCUUGAAAUCGUUAUUGGUGAUGAACACAUUUCUUUCACAACAUCGAAAAUUGGUUCCCUUAUUGAUGUCAAUCAGUCCAAGGACCCAGAAGGCUUACGAGUAUUUUAUUAUCUUGUCCAGGACCUGAAGUGUUUGGUCUUCAGUCUUAUUGGAUUACACUUCAAGAUUAAACCAAUCUAGAUGGAAUAUUGCUGUGGACAUGGGGGGGUUGGGAGUAGUUUUUAAUGACCAUUAUCAAGAAAUUUUUGUGUAUAUCAGGGCAAUUUUUUAAGUAAAUGACAAAUUAUUGUCUUUAACAACUGUGAUAAAAUAUAAUUUUUGUUAUUUUAUAAAAACCUGAA